AUGACACUAUGUUGACCCGGAAAAGGAGGAGAUCAGGGCAGGGAACCUCCGCGGCGGCUAUGGCAGGGUCCAGCUACAGGGUGGUGUUUGAGAAGGGAGGCGUGUACCUGCACACCAGCGCCCGGAAGCACCAAGAUCCGGACUCGCUCAUCGCGGGUGUUAUCCGUGUGGUGGAAAAGUCCUCCCAUGUUCCUCAGGACGGCGACGUCGUCCUGCACUGGGCACCGGUGGAGGAGGCUGGAGACCCAACCCAGAUCCUCUUCUCCAAGAAGGACUCAAGCGGAGGUGAACCUAGCACCUCAGAGGAGGAGCCUACCUUCGACCCAGGCUAUGAACCUGACUGGGCUGUCAUUAGCACAGUGCGGCCACGGCCCCACCUGGCAGAGACCAGGAGAGGUGCAGAGCCUAGCUGCCCCCGGAGUUCCUGGGCCUUCUCUGUGAGCCUGGGGGAGCUCAAGUCUAUCCGAAGGUCCAAGCCAGGCCUUAGCUGGGCCUACCUGGUCCUGGUGACCCAGGCUGGAGGAUCCCUGCCUGCCUUACACUUCCACAGAGGGGGUACCCGAGCCCUGCUCCGAGUCCUCAGCCACUACCUGCUGUUGGCCAGCUCUCCACAGGACUCCCGCCUUUACUUGGUCUUCCCCCAUGACUCCUCUGCCCUCUCCAACUCCUUCCAUCACCUGCAGCUCUUUGACCAGGACAGCUCCAAUGUGGUGUCUCGCUUCCUUCAGGAUCCCUACUCCACCACCUUCAGUAGUUUCUCUCGUGUGACCAACUUCUUCCGGGGAGCCCUACAGCCGCACCCUGAGGGAACUUCCUCCCCUGACCUACCCCCACUGCCAGAUGAUGAGCCAGAGCCUGGCUUUGAGGUCAUCUCUUGCGUGGAGUUGGGGCAGCGGCCCUCAGUGGAGCGGGGUCCUCCAGUUACUGAGGAAGAAUGGACCCGCCAUGUGGGUCCUGAGGGUCGCCUGCAGAAUGUCCCCGAGUUGAAAAAUCGGAUCUUCUCAGGAGGUCUCAGCCCUGGCCUGCGGCGGGAGGCUUGGAAGUUCCUCCUGGGGUACCUUAGCUGGGAGGGCUCAGCUGAAGAACACAAAGCCCACAUUCGGAGGAAAACGGAUGAGUACUUCCGAAUGAAGCUGCAGUGGAAGUCUGUGAGUGCUGAGCAAGAGCGGAGGAAUUCACUGCUGCAUGGAUAUCGAAGCCUCAUUGAAAGAGACGUAAGCCGCACUGACAGGACUAACAAAUUCUACGAAGGCCCUGAGAACCCUGGGCUGGGCCUGCUCAAUGACAUCCUCCUUACCUACUGCAUGUACCACUUUGACUUGGGCUAUGUUCAGGGCAUGAGUGACCUCCUGUCCCCGAUCCUCUUCGUUGUGCAGAACGAAGUGGAUGCCUUCUGGUGUUUCUGUGGCUUCAUGGAACUUGUGCACGGGAACUUUGAAGAGAGUCAGGAGACUAUGAAGCGGCAGCUUGGGCAGCUCUUGCUUCUCCUGCGGGUCCUGGAUCAGCCACUCUGUGAUUUUCUGGAUUCUCAGGACUCAGGCUCGCUGUGCUUCUGCUUCCGGUGGCUGCUCAUCUGGUUCAAGAGGGAGUUCCCCUUUCCUGAUGUCCUUCGGCUGUGGGAGGUACUGUGGACUGGGCUUCCUGGCCCCAAUCUACACCUGCUGGUGGCCUGUGCCAUCUUGGACAUGGAGCGGGAUACGCUGAUGCUAUCUGGCUUUGGCUCCAAUGAGAUCCUUAAGCACAUCAAUGAACUAACAAUGAAGCUGAGUGUGGAGGAUGUGCUGACUCGGGCAGAGGCUCUGUACAGGCAGCUGAUGGCCUGCCCAGAGCUACCACACAAUGUGCAGGAGGUCCUGGGGCUGGCACAGCCCGAAGAGCCCGGUACCCCAUCUCCUCCCAUAUCCCCACUGCCACUGUCACCAACUCGGGCCCCGAUGCCUCCACCACCGCCCGAGGAAGCAGUCCCGCAGCCUGACAGCAGCCUGGAGAUUUUGCCAGAGGACGACGAUGGCACCGACACUUAGCCCGCUGCAGCUUGAUCGGAUUCCCGCAGAUUGACAGGUCUUGAGCUUCAUGGCCAUGGGAAGGAAGCCAAGACCCUGAUCUGGCCAAUGAAAUGGAGGAAGGUCCUCCUAGAGGUCCGGCAUUCCUGAGAUCCCGCCUAGCAGCUGCUGCCAAUGUGGGGCAAUAAACCGUUCUUGUUUGGCAUGA